AGACCAAUUAUGAUUUAUCAAUUCCUCCUCAGCAGAGAGAGAAGAAUCUGAGAGCAUCAGCAUUCCAUUAUCGGAGGAAAAAAGCUCAAUGAGGGCCUUACACAUACCUACUCCUACACCUACAGCCUUAUUCCCUCAUUUAUUACCAAUUUGCCACUGCUCUCUCAAAUCCAAAUCCCUCUCGUUUCUCCAGCAUCAUUCAUACAUAAUCCAUACAAGACUAGCACUGAAACCCGCAAGAAUUGAGGCUUCAUCAAUGGCUUCCACACCUUCAACAGCCUCUGAUGAUACCACCAAGCCCUUCUCUGUUUUGUUUGUUUGCCUUGGCAACAUCUGUAGAAGCCCUGCUGCUGAGGGUGUCUUCAGGCACCUCGUUAAGCAAAACAAUCUUGAUUCCAAACUUUACAUUGAUUCUGCUGGCACCAUCAAUUACCAUGAGGGUAAUCAGGCGGACCCAAGAAUGAGAGCGGCUUCCAAAAGGCGUGGAAUUGAGAUUACUUCAAUAUCGAGGCCUAUAAGGCCUUCCGAUUUUAGGGAUUUUGAUAUUAUUCUUGCAAUGGAUAGGCAAAACAGAGAGGAUAUACUUGGGGCUUUUGAGAGGUGGAGGCAUAGGGAGACUUUACCUGCUGAUGCCGCUAACAAGGUUCGGUUAAUGUGUUCCUACUGCAAGAAGCAUAGUGAAACUGAAGUGCCUGACCCUUAUUAUGGUGGACAACAAGGUUUCGAGAAGGUGCUAGAUUUACUUGAAGAUGCUUGCCAAUCUCUAUUGGAGAGCAUUAUUGCUGAGAAAAGUCUUGGUUAAGUUUCUUGCCUGUCCAUUAUAUCUGCCUAUGUUGGCUGCUCUUUUCCAAAUGUUAUAGAAAUAAAAAUAUAUUUUUCAACUGAACAGGAAAAUGUUAGUCAUUCAAAAUGCUUAUUCCUAUGUUAUUUCGACUUUGCAUAUGGAAUGGAAGUACUUAGGUUGCUGUAGAGUCUUGGGCUGAUUCCUCUGGUGCCUCUCUUUGUGUAAUCAUGUUUUAUCAAACAAAUAAAAGAUAAUGAAGGCAACCAA